AUGCGCAGGGUGUUCUGGGUCGACGAGGGCAAGGUGCAGGUGUGCUGGGGCAAGUCGAGGAGCGACGAGCCCCAGGUCAUGGACCUGGCCGAGUGCGCCGGCAUCAUCUUCGGCCCCGUGACCAGCACCUUCGCGGCGGCGGUCCCCGGGGUGUCCGGGAAACGGGCGCGGAGGCGGGCCCUGGCCGAAGCCCGGUACCGGUACGGCGGCAAGAGCACACGCACCACCAGUUAUUCAGUCGGGCUUGCACCUCUGCGAGAGGAAGCUGCCAGAAUAGCAACAAGAGUCGGGGGUCGAUUGUCUGAUUUUUUGUUUGAUUAUUUUGUUUCUUUUUUCGACCAAGCUCUGCCUGUUCGGGCGAAGAGAACUAUGCACAUGCACCCAUCCUGGCAAGGCCCAACCUUGACCCAGGAUCGGUGCAUAUGCCUUCCUGGCCAAGGCAGGAGGGCGUAUGCACCGAUCCUUGGCUCAGGAUGGGCCUGGCCAGAAUCGGUGCAUGUGCAUAGUUCUUUUUCCUCUACCUGUAAGGGGGACGUGCCCGACCUAACGCCAGUGCCACCUGCGGCCCCGGCGCGGAGGCCGCUCCCCCAAGGGCAGCGGGAGUGA